CACUCACAAUCCUUCAUUUCUCAUUCUGUUUCUCCAUUAUGCCCAGUUUACUUUCUUUAGUUAUGUAUAUACAUACAUAUGUACUAAGUAUACAACUUUUACUUAAGGUUUUACGCUGAAUGCCGCAAGAGUUCAGUGUGGCUGGUACCACCGGCAGACGCGCAUCAAUUUAGCUGAACAUCGUUUUGCAGUGCCGACGAACAAUACAAGGCGUGUGCGCGAUACACAACUGAUCUAAAAAAAAAGGGAAAAACGAGCAAAAUAUUUUAAAUAAAUAUUUUUAUAAAUAGAACGAAAUAAAAAAAAAUGUUCUUUUGUCCUUUACAUCGUUACCUGCAGCCGCUUAUUGGCGUGCCAUCAAAGUAUCUUUCACCUCGCUUGUACGCACGGCCGCUGACUACAAGCAGCGCUACGCUGGCGCAACAGAACCUAUUGGCAGAUACAACCUACGAAGAGGAGUGGGCAAGCGCAAAGGAAUAUAACGAAAUACCUGGACCAACAAGUAUUGGAUUAAUGAUGGACUUUUUACCAGGCGGAGAACUUUAUGGCGCAAAUUUUUUGAAAUUGUAUGCAACAAUGCGCAAACGCUAUGGUGACCUGUUUGUGUUUCGCGGCUCUUUCGGUCGCGCAGAUUUAGUAUGCACUUAUAAUCCAAUUGAUUUCGAAAAAGUAUAUAGAACUGAAGGAGUUUGGCCUGUACGGGAUGGUGUAGGAAGCUUUAAACACUAUCGGAAGGUAGAGAAUCCAAAAGCAUAUGGUGGCACAUUGGGAUUGGUGGCAGAGCAAGGUGAAGGUUGGUUCAAUAUACGCCAGAAGGUAAAUCCAAUCUUGAUGAAGGUACAAAAUAUGCGUGAAGCAUUGCCGGAAAUCGAUCGUAUUGCAAUGGAGUUGGUGGAAAAAAUCGGGACGGUGCGCGACCCAAAGACUGGCUUGCUAACCGCUGAUUUCAGCAACGAGAUGCGCAUGUGGUCUUUUGAAUCCAUUUGCUAUGUGGCGCUAAAUUCACGUCUACACCUUAUCACCGGCAAAGCAGAUGCCGAUGCGAUGCGUAUGUCCAGCACCACGGCGGAAUUCAUGCAGGCCACCUAUGAGCACGAUAUCGCACCAUCGAUUUGGCGAAUCAUAAAGACGCCCAGUUUUAAACGACUUAUGCGCUUGCAUGACGACUUGACAAUGAUCACCAGGAAAUUAAUUGAUAAGGCGCUGGAGCGCAUCGAAGCGGAGGGGAGAAAGGAGGCGGUAAGUGUAUUGGAAAAGCUUUUGCGCGUCGAUAAGAAUAUAGCUGUAGUGAUGGUAAUUGAUAUGCUGUUCGGCGGCUUGGAUACGACAUCUUCCACAGUCAUAAUUGCCAUUUUUUUACUUGCGAAAAAUCCGGAAAAACAGAAUAUAUUGCGAGAAGAAUUGCGUACACUCCUCCCAAAUGUCGAUACUCCGCUGGUGGCACAGAAUUUACAAAAUAUACCCUAUUUGCGUGCUUGCAUCAAAGAAUCGAUGCGCAUAACGCCAAUCAUAAGUGGCACAAUGCGUGCAACUGGUCGCGAUUUGGUACUUUCUGGUUAUAGAGUGCCAAAAGACACUGGCGUACAUAUGAGAAAUAUGGAAUUGUGCAACUCGGAUACGUUCUUUGCACGUUGUAGUGAAUACCUGCCUGAGCGUUGGUUGAAAACACCGAAAAAUGUGUCGAGUGCAAACGAUGCAGCCAAGAUGCAGAAUCCAUUCGUUUAUUUGCCUUUCGGUUUCGGUCCACGCACUUGCGUCGGUAGGCGUUUGGCUGAUUUGGAAAUGGAAGUCUUGUUGGCACGUUUGUUCCGCAAAUAUAAGAUUACUUGGACUGAUGAGAAAAAUGAUUUGGAAUAUAAAAGCAAUUUGAUUCUGACGCCAUGUGGGGAAAUGAAAUUCAAAUUUGAAGAGGUUGAUUAGGAUAUGUGAAAGUUAUACGUAUACUUGCGGUUAGAUUUCGAUGAUUAUAGAUCUUUAGUUAUAUAUACAAAUAAUAAAAAUAUUUAAA